AUGCAAACUGACACGCUGGAACAUCAGACAAUGGCAAGAGCGGUGAUGCUGCCAAUCAACAACUUCAACCCGGGCACACCCCGUCUCGAUGGCGUGGAACCUCGUCUGAAGCAAAUGAUUGCCAACUCCGAUGCCCUCGACAGUCAAGUGAGAAACAGAAUGUUCAACGCUGCAUUCGCACCCGAAGCCAUAAGGGCAAACCAGACACGCCCAGAAAUCUCGGAGCAGACUACUGCUGAAGUCCUCACUGCUCUUGACUCUCUACGCAGAGUAGGAGAGUACAACGCUCGCGCAAAGGAGUCGAGACAGUUUCUGGUCGACACAUUGAAGAAGUACGACAAAUCCGGUGCUAGUGCUGCUAUGGCUGGAGCAGAACGCAGGAAGAGUAGUGCAGCUGGUCCGGCCCCCGUUGCGCCAAUGGGAGGAUCUGCUGCUGUGGCUACUGCGGAGACCGGAAAGAGGAUGCUCGGGAGUCCGACAGCGGCCAUGGCGAAUGCUGCUUUGCCUGCUCCUUCUGCGGCACAGACAUUCCCCUACACGAAUACCUCCAACAUUGAUGCGAGCAGGGAUCCUAGAAGACGCUAG